CUCCCUCCAGCCCAAAGGCUUUCGCGGUUGCUUUGCAGGCUACCAAAAAUAAGAGAGAGAGAGAGCGCGCUUAGCAGCAGCGCGCCAGCCCGCAGCUUGUUUCUCUUGUUGCGCGCAGCCCGAUUCGAAUUCGCCUGUGCCUGCGCCAUCAUCGGGUGGGUGUGGCGCAGCGUGGCGCGUAAACUCCCGAGCGCAGCGGAGGCUGGAGAGGAGCGAACAGUCUGGGAUUCAGGGAGUCAGGUGGAGGAGAAGGAGGAGGAGGUCGCUGUUCUUGGUACCGCUGCCGCCGCCGGCUGGGACCAGAGAGCAGCCGCAGCCGCAGCUUGCGGGGUUGAGUGAGCGAGUGCGUUUUUGCGCCCCUCUCCGACCUGCAAGCAUGGCUUCGUCGCAAGGCAAGCUGGAGCUGAAAUUCGCGGACUGGAUGGCAAGUUUGCCCGAGAGCAUCCACAGCGUGCCCCUGACGAAUCUGGCGAUCCCAGGCUCUCAUGACUCAUUUAGCUUCUACAUUGAUGAAGCCUCACCCGUUGGACCUGAACAACCUGACACCGUCCAGAAUUUUGUCUCUGUGUUUGGAACUGUGGCUAAAAAGCUGAUGAGGAAAUGGUUGGCGACGCAGACGAUGAACUUCACAAGCCAGCUUGGAGCAGGCAUACGGUAUUUUGAUCUUAGAAUCUCCACCAAGCCCAGAGACCCCGACAAUGAACUCUACUUUGCUCAUGGUUUGUUCAGUGCCAAAGUCAAUGAGGGCCUCGAGGAGAUCAGUGCCUUUCUUGCUGACCACCACAAGGAAGUGGUCUUUUUGGACUUCAACCACUUCUACGGGAUGCAAAUGUGCCACCAUGAAAAACUGGUCCAAAUGCUCAAAGACACUUUUGGGAAUAAAAUGUGCCCGGCUAUAUUUGCUCACGAAGUCUCUCUCCAGUAUCUGUGGGAGAAGGAUUAUCAAGUGCUGGUGUUUUAUCACAGUCCAGUGGCUUUGGAGGUUUCCUUCUUGUGGCCAGGGCAGAUGAUGCCAGCUCCGUGGGCCAACACAACAGAUCCUGAAAAACUGAUCCAGUUUCUCCAGGCAUCCAUCAUUGAAAAGAGGAAGAAGGGCUCCUUUUUUAUAUCUCAGGUGGUGCUGACCCCAAAGGCUAGCACUGUGGUCAAAGGCGUCACUAGUGGUCUCAGAGAAACCAUCACAGAAAGAGCUCUCCCCGCCAUGAUGCAGUGGGUCCAGACUCAGACACCGGGCGAAAGUGGUGUCAACAUUGUCACUGCGGACUUUGUAGAACUUGGCGAUUUUAUCAGCACGAUCAUAAAACUGAACUACAUCUUGGCUGAAGGCGAAGCUGAUACGACUUGAUAGUACCGUAAUGUGUCCGACAUGCUCUAAAGUGGAACUUAUCUCCCUUAGUUGUGUUAGGUUGUAAUCUUGUGGCACAGAUUUUGCAAGCACAUGCUGAAUAUUAUUCUUUUCUUUUGGACAUGCUGAGGACUUAGAAAGGAUGAGGGGGGGAGAGAAAGAAAAUGGGUUGUUGUUUUUCUACUUGGUCUGAUCAUUUCUUGACAUUGAUUAGCUUGUGUCUCAUGAAACCCAACCAGGUUUCAUUUACACAGUUAUCUUAUUCAAGAAAGCCAUUCAUAAAUAUUUCUCCAACAACCACAUGUGGUUUUGGCCAUAUUGAGGAUCAUUCGCUAUGCUUAACUUGUAACUGGCAUUCAUGAAUUGCCCUUCGUCUGUGCAGUAGAUUCUCAUUGUCUUUAGUAAUUCUGCUGCUGAACAAGAACAUUGUAUAGUCUUAUCCAGGUGCUGUUGGAACUCAGGUGGGAGGGAAGGAUGUGGCAUCAUAAAGAAAAGACCAGUCAAAAGUUAACAGUUGCAGUUACAAUGCCUAAUAAUGAGCAGAUUUCCUGAAAUUUUUAAACAUUUCAAAUAUGUUGUUGCUAUUGCUUUUAAAAGAAGUUCCCCAUUGUGAGUCUAAUUCUGUCUUCUCCUGUGCGGGGCAGAAGGCCUGUCAUAGACUUAUGCACAGAGUUUCAUUAUGCAGUUUUAGAGGUUGACUCUACAUUACCAUUUGGAACCAUGGCUUCCUGAGAAGUCAAUUAAAAAAAAUCAUUAUAUUGAUUUGUCACUUUAGUUAGUUAGUUAUAAAAUGUAUUAACUGCCUUUGGGGAAUAGGAAUGCAAUGGAGUAUCCAGGGAAAUGGCAUGACUGGAAUCUUGAAUGGAAGCACUCCAUGCUGCAGCGUUCUGUUGCAAGUCCCACUUAUUAAGCUAAAAUAAGCUUUUCUUGUCUGAAUGAAUGAUGAAAAGCUAUUCUUUCUAGAGCAGGAGUUUCCAAAAUGUGGUCCAUGAGCUUCAUUCAGGUAGUCUGCAGCAUGUCUGUGGAUUUGUGGUUUAAGAUGGGAGAAGGCACACCUAUCCCAUUAAAUACUGGUACUGAAUUUUAAUUGUGUUUUUGUUUCUUCUUUUAUUCCUUAUAUUGGAUUUUAUUGUUUGCAUUCUAUGGAAUUCAAAUUAUAGUACUGUAAGCUGCAAUAUAGAAGAAACAAAAGAAGUAAUAAAAAAUACAAUUAAAAGCUACAACAAGUAGCACCACACAUUGCAGUUGCUACAACAGGCAGAAAAAACAAUAAGUGGUCCGCGAGGAGGGAGAGAACCACUGUUCUAGAGAAAGUUACAAAGGAAGACUGCCCCAUGUUGUUCUUAAAGGAAUAUCCAAAAUGUUUAUAUACUUGACCAUGUGAGGAAGUACCUCACACAUAAACAUAUCCUAGAAUUCAGAGAUACAGUUGGAAGAUAUGUAAUCUCCCCCCCCUCGGGCAUUUUCCCUCAUAGUACUCACUGGUAUGAAGUACCAGUACUUCUUUUGUGGCCCAUGGCAGCCAAUUUGGGCUGGCACCCAUGGUACUUUUAUCAAUAUAUACCAGCACCUCUUUUUUUAACCCCCCAAAAGAGAGAGCACAUGAUAAGUACCUGAAAUCAUCACAAGACCUCAUAACAGAACAUGAAGAAGAGGUCUGAUAAUUUAUUUGAAUUUUCAGAGAAACCUGAGAAACAGCCUAGCUUAGUUGAUCUACCAGCUGUUGCCCUGUCACGGGUCUUCUCAGACUGUGGACACCAUACAUAAAAUCAGAUCUUUCACAAUCAUAGCCCCACUUCAACUAUCUCUACUUCUUCACCUCUGGAUCCCACAUUACUCUAUAAUCUCAUCCCUUUUCCUCUUUUAACUCUCGCCUCCCUUGCUUCACUAUGACUGGAAAACCUCCAAGUCACUUGGAUUGUCCCCACUCAGUGGUGAAAUGUUAGCUGUAAUUCUAGACUCUCAGCUUAGUGGUCUUACAGGGAUGUUGUUUAGUGGGGUAAGACAUAUUAUUCCACUUAUUUCAAAAUGUCAGCUGAGGGCCCUACUUCUCAUUCUGCUGAAGGGGACCCUAGAUUUCUGCUCCAAAGUCCAGCCUUAACUGCACCUCCAUUUCUGCUAGGACAACAGUAAUGGGUGUGCAAUAUUCCCAUAUUCAGCAAAUUGUGCUCUAGGGUAGCAAGAUUCCAAGUUUCUUCUCUCCCUGAGGAUCCUUCUUGGAGUAAUAUCCCCAGAUCUUGCUUCUAUUCCCACCUGUCUAAGCUCAUUUGUGUGAUGGAGUAUUGGGUGGUACCAUUGGUCAGUGGCAAAGCACAGGAUUUGCAUGCACAAUGUUCCAAUUUUGGUCUCUGGCAUCUCUGGCAAAAGCAGGUGUGACCACAGACUAUGCUUCUUGGCACUGACGGGAGUCAGAGUUCAACAACAGCUGCAGGGUCACAGGUUCCCCCAGUCCCAAGUUACGGAGAUCAGAAGGGUUGGUAGAAAUCUUUGCCUCAAACACUGCAGAGCCUCUGUCAGUCCCAUUACUGGGAAAGACAGACCAAUGGUGUGACAGUAGAGAGUAUCCUAGUCCAUAUAUGAAUGGAUAGUGCCCAGGAUUCCCCUGGGCUCAUGCACUGCAAGCAAAUAUCAGUUAUGGAGCUGGUGGGAAAGCUGCCAAGGGGGAGUUUCCCCAAGUCCACCAUGACUAGUCUUUUGAUGAGCCCCUGAUAAACUUCCAAGGAAUCCCAUGGCUCCCCAAACCAUAGUCUGAGAAAACCUUGGCCUUAGGUUAAUGAUGACAAGAGAGACUAGACGCUGAACAUCUAUGGGCUAAUACUGUCAAAUGUUCAAAGAUGGCUAAUCAUCCAACAUUGUCUGCUGAAUGGAGUGUAUGAAACAUCUCACCGACAUCUGACACCAAUUUUUCAUGGGAAGAAGUGAUUGGGGGGGGGAAUCAGUUGUUGUUGUUGUUGUUUUUAAAAAAAAUCUAUUGGGAACAAACUUUCCAGAAGCAAGAAUUAUUCUGAUCCAACACAGGAGCAUAAGCAGCCUUCCAUAACAGUUGCUGACGCAGAUAUGCUACCAAACGUACAACUGGAUGGAUUUCUCCAUCCACAUUGUCAUGCAUAUCCAACACCUACGUUGAGACAUCACCGGAUGCAAAUUAGGAAUCUGCACCCAGAAUUAUCAGGUGUUGAGCAUAGCUAAAGCCAGGGCUGUUUUUCAGCUGGAACUUGUCGGAAUUCAGUUCCGGCACCUCUCAGGCUGGCGCCAUUGCCAUUGUAAGAGAACAAGGGAGGUGUUCAUGGUGAGUUCCAGCACCUCUUUUUCUAGAAAAGAAGCACUGGCUAAAGCCAGUAUGUUUAGGGAUGGGUAUCUCUCUGUGUGGUUGUGUUUGUUUGGCCGAAUCCUGUAUUUCCAUUUUAACACCCAUUCAAAUCCAGUGUGUUGGUUUUUUUUACUGGUUCAGUGGAAUGUUCAUAAAUAUUCCCUUCUGGUGUUGUAGGACAACAAAACACAGCUGUCUAUUGUGCCCCUUAGAGGAGAGCUUGGGGAACCUUUGGCCCUCCAGAUGUUGCCAGACUCUGCCUCCCAUCAGCCCCAGACAUCCCAUCAACCCAACGUCAGGGCUGACUGACUCCUGACAACAUCAAGAGGACCACAGGUUCUCCAUUUCUGCCUUAGGCUGUGCACACAUUACCAGCUUAGAACUCUGCCAGUCAUUCUUUUUCUCAAUGUAGAUUGAAGCUGGUUUGGGGGAGAGUGCCUCAAAACAUAGUAUGUUGUUAGAAAUGGCAAGGUAGAUAAGGAUCAUGUGUACACUGCUCCCCCAACCAGCAGUGGGAGCAGACUGAGUGCAGAGUAAAAGCAGGAGUGUGUACACAGCCUUAGAGCAAGCAAUUCUGAGGAUGGAUUGUCAGUCUGCUUUACAGAACAGCUUCAGUGUACUUUAUUUCAAAUAGGACACCUGGAGGGACAAGCCCAGCUGCCUGAACGCUGUCCUUUGUGUGGACCGUAAGAGCUCAGCCAAUAACUAGUCUAGCUUCUUUUACAGUGAAGCAAAAGCUAAUUGUGUAUUAUACAGUAUGUGUGGCAUAACUCUGCAGUAGCUUCUGUGUUUACAUUGUUCUGAACUGUUCCCGUUUACCUGCCGACAAAAAAAGAAAGAUCAAAUGCGCUGUAUACUCUGUAAAAUGUAUUGAUUACCAAUUUGUUAAGAGUUCAGUGAUUCCUUCUUCCCCCAGCUCAUAAUUUUGAAAUUGUGCCAGUGUUCCUGUAAGUUUUCACGUUUGUGUUUGUGUGUAUGUAUGUGUUCAGGGGUGUGGGGUGUGUACUACGUUGUACAAUAUAUGAGAAUUAGCAACUUCAGCCUCAAUGGAAAGGGUAGUUGUGUUAUCUUCCUUAAUGCUACAAAUGUUCCAGCUUGUGAAAUCUUGAAGUUUCAUGUGUGCUUGAGGAUUAAUGUAUUUGGGCUGAGAUCCAGAGAGCUCUUUAAUAGAAAGACUUCUUUAAAAACCAACGAGUGCAUGGAGCUCUUGAAGCUCGCUAGAUCUCACUCCUAGGGUUCGGUUGCUUUCCUUCUUAGUAUGCAAGUUUUAAUUGUAAAGAUUUAAGAAAAAUGAAUGUUUGCUUUUUUAAAAAACAAAACAAUGUCAAAUAUACAACCACAAAUCUUACAAUGGAAUGAAUUUGCAAGGAUUGAUUUGCAGGUUUCAUGAUAAUUAAAUCUGAAAUUCAACAUAAUCUGUGUUUCACUGCCAGGUUUCAAACCUAGGAAGGAGAGAGAGGGAGGACAGGUGUUGUGACACAGAAACCAAAGUCAGAGACCAAAAAUUCUAGUUUUAUUCCUGAAACUUGGGAUAUAAUAUUUUAAAACAAACAUAAAUACAUGCCUACACUAUGCUAGGUUUGUUCUUCAAUGUUCUGAAUAUUAUAGCUAUUAUAGAUAGGGGGGAUUUGUCAAAUUUCAAAUUGAAUGGAAAAAAAUUACUUCCACUCUGAUUUAUACGGCCAGUUCACACAAGCUCUUUAAAUAAUUCAGAUGGUGCAUUUGUCACAAACAAUGAAGGGAAUCACCAAACAAAAAAGGAUGCAGUUUUCAUUCUGACACAUAUCAAGCACUGGUGUUCUGUCCUCACCAUUGAACCCAUGUCUCUCCUUCAGUGGGUGAUAACCAACCAAGUCAUAUACUGUACAAAGUAGACCCAUUUAAAAUCAAUAGACAACUUCGUUGUUUUCAGUGGGUUUACUCUAAGUACCACUAACUACCCCACAGUAUGCACUAACUUCUCUUUACCUAAUUCAAGUACUCUAGCAACAUUUUAGUGCCAACUGCCCCCCACCCAACGUUAUCAAGUCUGGAAUGGGUGGGAGUGGAAGACAGUUGGCCAGCCAUGUCACUGAAGUUCUGAGCAGAAGUGAAAACUGAGUUUGGUGUUUCUUUCACAGGGAGAAAAAUUGAUUCAGGCUAUAAUCCUAAAUUCACUUACUCAACAUGGUGUGACUUGCUUCUCUAUAAACAUCCACUUCUAAGUAGACAUGACUAAGGAUAAGAUUACAAUCCUGCGCAUAUUCACAUGGGAGAAGACUCUGAGAUUUACUUCUGAGUGUAGGCUUGUGGUACACCUUCUAUUUUCUGAACAACCCACUUCUUGAGUUAGGGGUAAAUAUAGUCCUGCUACCAAAAUUCAACUGAAGAUAAUGCCAUUCUUAUUUGCAAAUCACCAUCAUCAUCUUUAUUUAUUGCCCACACUUCACCCUAAGGUCCCAGAGUGGGUUACAACAAUUAGAAUACAACAUUAAAAACAAUUUAAAAACACCUCACAAUCACAGAAACAAGAUGAGUCCUAUUGUGAAAGCGUUCAUUGAGGCCAAUUCAAAUUUCGGUAGGUGGUGGCAGUUGUCACAAGGUAAGUACUUUGUGUGGGGCUGCGCACGAGUGCCAGGCAAUCUUCUCCCCAGCUAUUAGAAACAUAUGAAAAUAAAGGGAUGCGCUAGGAUGGAAUUAACCACCACCACAAUGGCUGACCACAACUGUAAGCUGCAGAUUGAAGCCCCAUUCCCGCACCUAGUCAGGUACCCUUGCUUUCAGUGACCUUAAGGAAGUCUUAGUUCAUGGAGGGUGGUGGCCUGGUUCUUAAAUGGGUCUGCUUCAUAAGCAGGAAAUAAUGUGGUGCUGCCACGCUUUUGAUGAUAGAAUCAUAGAAUUGUAGAGUUGGAAGGGACCACAAGGGUCAUCUAGUGCAACCCUCUGCCCAACGUGGGGCUUGUACCCACAAACUUGAGAUUAAGAGUCUCAUGCCCUACCGAAUGAGCUGCCAUUUCCAAAGCAGGACUUUUCCAUGGCUGGAUUCCAACUCUCACCAGUCUCAGCCAGCAUAGCCGAUGCUUGAAAACGAUGGGACUAUUACAGGCAGAAAUACCUUCUAAACCACCAUUCAUUGCCAUUAAGAACAAUGGUCCUGGCCAAGUUAAAGACAUGUAUGUACAAGAACUUUGGGAGUAAGUCCUAUUGAGAUUUGCUUCCAACUAAAUGUAUCAGGCCAAGUGCUGCAUUGAAAGUGGUGAGACAUGUCAGUUGCACAUCUUGUGACUGGUUUAUUGCAUUCAAUGGGACGCAGCUGCAAUGAACUGUAGCUGGGUUGAGGUUAUAAUGAUUGACACCAUCAUCAGUUUAUUGCAGUCAACAGACCAGAAAUAAACUAUACAUUGCACCACGCAGUACUAAUUAUUGUCAACAAGAAAAUCCAAAUGGAGUUUUUUCCCCUGACAGGACAGCAUUAAUCCCUAAACCCCUUACUUUCCUUCUUUCUCCAAGAAAACACAUACUCAAAGCAUCAGAGUGACUGGAUUUUAUUUGGAUGAGAAUUCUGGAUGUGUUAAGUUGGCUCAAAUUGCAAAUGUGUACCAAAGGUUCACGCGGCUGCACCUGAUUUUCUCAUUCUUUCAGAAUCUGGGUGCUUUAGUAAAUGUUGCAUUUCUUAAAAACAAAAACAAAAAAAGCGCCUACAGUUCUGUAUAGCAAAUGUGGAUUUUUAUUAAAAGAAUGUGUAUUUAAUGUAGAGACAACGGCGACAACCGAAUUUAUUUGUAUUCAGUGAAAUGUUAAUAAAGCCCUGGUACCCAUCA